UGUACCAACAUGGUUGUAAAUUGUAAAUUGUUUUUAUUUAAAGAUAUUCCUUUUUGAAAGAGAUAAAAUUGGUUAAUGAAAUUGUAUUCGAAAUUGUCUCAUUGAUCGUUCAAUGAUCUAAUGAUAUUGAAUAUUUCACUAGUGUUAAUAAUAACUCUGAUUAUCAAGGUGACAAGGUCUGAUCAAGAAAUGUUAGAAGCAGAUGUAGGAGUGGGUGUAUUAUUUGGUAUAAGUUGUGGUUUUUGUCUUGGUUGGGUACUGCGCGGUCGAUACAGUGGCAAAAUAGCCAGUGUCACGAACUUGGCUGACAAAAUAACAACAUACACACCUGGGGGGUAUGGAGAUUAUAAAAUGGUCCUGAUUGUCCGUCAAGACUUGGGCAUGGGAAAAGGAAAAGUAGCUGCACAGUGCUCACAUGCAGCCGUGGGACUUUAUAGGCAACUUCUGAAUUCAAAUGCCAAGAUUAUCAAAAGUUGGGAGAGAUCAGCUAGUCCAAAAGUGGUCGUUAGCCCUGAUGAAGAUACUCUAAAUGAAUUAGGAGCGAAAGCCCGACUUUACGGGAUUGAAACGUGCUUAAUAAGUGAUGCGGGACGAACUCAGAUUGCUCCUGGAUCACGAACUGUCUUGGGUAUUGGACCAGGUCCGAUCGAUCUGAUAGACAAAGUUACGGGGGAUCUUAAACUUUAUUGACUAAAUGUCACAAACAGAAUCACAUGAUGUUUUUGAAUUAAAUUUAAAGAAAAUCGAAUAAAAUACAUCUUUAACUUGUUCCUUA